AUGGAGAAGAAAAAGACGCGGAUGAGUAACCCCUGUGACGGCUGCUCCCUGCGGCGGGUACGUUGCAGCGGCGGCCGUCCAUGUGGCGAGUGCCGGAAACGCUCUCUGGAUUGCACCUUCAUGCGAGUUCCUCGGAAAAGGGGACCCAAGGGGCCGCGUGUGAGCACAUCCAACAGAAUCGCGCAGUACCAGGAACAGAUCCGUCAAGACCAAGCAUCUAAUCCCGGCCCCGAGAGCCCGGACACGGGGCUGGGCCACUCACCGCAAUCGCCGGCCUCGAACUGCGCCGAUGAAGAGAUCCGCCAGCGUCGACUGCCGUCCCAGUCGAGUAAAGACGACGGCUCCCUGGACCCCUUGUUGAAUGGCUCCGAACCCGGAUGCCCCCAGCUGCCGCUGUGGCUCUACAUCGAAUACCUUGGAAAGUUCAGGGACAGCCUCACCCCCGUCUGGCCCAUCCUCGACAUCGACUCCCUCGUGGAGCGGCUCAAAAAGCAGCCCCCGGACGACUACGAGGCCUUCGCCCUGGCGGGCGCCGUAUGCGCAACAGUCAUCGCUCAGCUCCGCCUCUCCCAGCUCCGGCUCCCCAAGCAGCAGAGAUCCACGUCGGACAUCAGCGUCGUCGCCGAGACCUUUGCGCGGCACGCGCAGCACCUGCGCGACCAGCACAGCUACCGCGAGAGCGAGUCGACCGAUUCCCUCCUCACGGCCUUCUUCCUGCACGUCUACUUCGCCAACACGGAGAGGAUCCGGGCCGGGGCGAUGUACCUGCACGAGGCGAUUGCCCAGCUGUCUCUGCAGAGGCUGCACCAGCCCGAGACGUUCGACCACCUCCCGGAUGAGCAGAGGGAGUUGAUGCUGCGGAUAUUCUGGCUUGUUUUUGUCACUGAAAGGUGGGCGGUGUUUCUCAUGUUUGUUUAUGUCACGGGUUCUUGCUUUCUGCGGUUAACACUUGCACUUCUUCUCGGUAGAACUUUCUGUGUUCAAAACGGCUUCCCGACUUGCCUUUCCCCCAUAAAAGCGUGGCCUUCCGAGGGGUAUCAAGUUUUCGGCCUGGGCGGUUUGGACCCGUCCUUUCAGCUGCUUUCCCGGCUGUUCACUCUGCUCGACGACAAUCUGCUGAUGCCAGGACAGAGGCUGGUCCCAAAGUCCGGCCCUCGCACCCCGGACAGCCUGUACCAAGGGUUGUCGACCAUGGCCGAAGGCCCCGUAUCGGUGAUUGGGCCCACGCUCCCGGAGAUACAGCGAGUCAACGUCACCGUCACAUGGCAUUGGAUCCAGAUCCUAUGGUGGCAGUACGCCCUGCAGCACUGUCGCAUGUCGAGCAGCAUGGAUGACACCAUGCUGUCGAUGCUGGGGCCUGCCUCGGUUGCCCAUCAGACCGUGCAACUAUUUGCGUCAGUGUCUCAUCAGGCGAUCCGGACGCAUGGAUAUGGGAUGGAGCUGAAGAUCUUCCGGAUCGCGGAUUCCUUGGUGGACCUGCUGGCAUGCAACCCGCGGCUUCUCAGCUCCGGGAGCGGUAUGCUCCUGGGGGCGAGAGACACCUUGCACGCUCUCGAAAGUGCUCUGGUUCUGGUGGGAGGCAAAGAAUCUAUGUUCUACAAGAAGCUUCAGCUUUGCAUGGCCGAAGUCCGACUCCCGGUGACUGACGUCCGAGCCUUGCCUUAUGAACGAGAGGUUACUUUGGAGGACGAGGCGUAG